AUGCCAUACAACAUUGCUAUGGUCAGCGACUUCUUCUUCCCUCAACCCGGCGGCGUCGAGAGCCACAUCUACCAGCUGUCGACCAAACUAAUCGACCGGGGACACAAAGUUAUAGUCAUUACCCACGCCUACGAAGGACGAACCGGCGUACGGUACCUCACGAAUGGCCUCAAGGUCUACCAUGUCCCUUUUCUGGUCAUGUACCGCUCCGCCAGCUUUCCAACCGUCUUCUCCUUCUUCCCCAUUUUCCGAAAUAUCGUUAUACGCGAGGAGAUUGAGAUUGUGCAUGGCCACGCGAGUCUGAGCAGUCUCUGCCAUGAAGCUAUAUUACAUGCGCGGACCAUGGGAUUAAGAACUGUCUUCACAGAUCAUUCCCUGUUCGGUUUUGCGGAUGCUGCUAGCAUUCUAACAAACAAGCUGUUGAAGUUUACGCUGAGUGAUGUCGACCAUGUAAUCUGUGUCAGCCAUACAUGCAAGGAAAACACCGUCCUUCGUGCUUCUCUAGAUCCCCUUAUGGUAUCUGUCAUACCCAAUGCUGUCGUUGCUGAGAACUUUCGCCCUCUGUUCCAUCCAUCCUAUCCCAAUCUCUCCGAAUUUGGCACCAAUGUCGUUCCUCUGCCUCAACAUCUCGGUCACCACGAUACCAUCACCAUUGUAGUCAUAUCCCGGCUGUUCUACAACAAGGGCACUGAUUUGUUGGUGGCUGCUAUCCCUCGAAUCUUGGCAAAUCACCCCAAUGUUCGAUUUAUAAUUGCCGGCUCGGGCCCAAAGGCCAUCGAUUUAGAGCAAAUGCUUGAGAAGAACGUGCUGCAGGACCGAGUUGAAAUGCUUGGUCCGGUUAGACAUGAGGAGGUCCGAGAUGUCAUGGUCCGUGGUCACAUUUAUCUACACCCGAGUCUGACGGAAGCUUUUGGCACAGUCAUAGUUGAAGCUGCAAGCUGUGGCCUGUAUGUUGUUUGCACUCAAGUUGGCGGUAUCCCAGAGGUUCUCCCUGCCCACAUGACAGUGUUUGCCAAGCCGGAAGAAGAUGACCUAGUUGCUGCUACUGGUCGUGCCAUUGCCGCUCUGCGAGCGAACAAGGUUCGGACUGAAGACUUCCAUGACCAGGUCAAAAAGUGGUAUUCCUGGACGGAUGUUGCCAGACGCACAGAGAGAGUUUAUGACGGCAUAUCUGGGGUCUUGAGCGAGGCGGACUUCUAUGGCUACGAAGCAGCUGAUGCUGCCAGUUGGAGUGCUACGAGAGGAAGGGCCGGUGUUCAGAGUUUUGCUCUCAUCGAUAGGCUGAAGAGGUAUUAUGGUUGUGGGAUCUGGGCUGGCAAGUUGUUUUGCCUGUGUGUAGUCAUUGACUAUCUGCUGUUUCUGUUUUUGGAGAUUUGGGCGCCAAGAGAUGCCAUCGACAUUGCGAGGAAUUGGCCUAAAAAGGUCAAGAAAGAACGGGCGAUAAGCGCUGGAUCUACAUUCAGAUGA